AUUGUAAAUCUCUAAAACUGAAAACAUAUUUGUGUUUGAGAAGAUAACUGAUAGCAACAGUCACUGUCCUAUUGUACUUGCCACGUGGCAGUGUCCUCUGAGGAGUUUGAAGUGCUCAGCCCAAAGUGCAGAUGUGGGACUGGACCCUUUCCACAUCCUAAAAACUCUGGCCUUGGGGCAUAUAGUAGAGACUGGUUUAAAUGAAACACGUCUGUUUGAUUUUUUUUGACCAUUUUCAAAACCUGUCCGAGAUACUAAAAACAAAUAAUUCAUCUUUGCAAUAAACCAAUGAAGUGAUUUAGAUGAGCAUAGAAUGUAGUAAAUUAGUGAGUAAGGACAUUCCAUUGGACUCAAAUUAGAGCUACUACACCCUAUUGUUUUCUUUCAAAGUACAGGGUGGGAUCACUGGGAUGACUGAGGCAAUGCCCAGGACUGAAAAAGUAACAGGUCCUGAGGUUGGACAGCUUCAAACAGCAGUUUUAAAUUACACUUCCUUUUGUGGAAGAGAGAGCAAAGGGAGAUAAAUUGCCAGGCUCCACAUUAAAGCAGUCAACAGGUCUAGCCAUGAAGUACCGGAGAGGCUGUUUGGUCUUUGGAAUAUUCCUUCUUGUUAACUGUUCAUUCCAGCAAGCUUUCCCUAGGAAGAAAGCCGUCAAAGAGGAAGGCAAAGAUGCAGCCAUAGAGGAAUUGCGGAAACAGAUCAAUGACAUUGUUCAGGAUCUAAAUAUAAUGAAGGAGCAACAGGCUUUGCAGUCAGUUUGUUUGAAAGGAAUCAAGGUUCACGGCAAGUGUUUCCUCGCUGAGCCUAUGAAGAAGAGCUACCACACAGCCAUUGACAACUGCAUUGCCCUGGGCGGUGUACUCAGUACCCCUUUGUCCAAACACCAGAAUGACCAGCUCAGCGACUAUGUCCGUGAGAGCAUCGGUCCAGAUGAGCAGAUCUGGCUGGGUAUUAGCGACAUGGUGACUGAGGGCAACUGGAUUGACCAAGCAGGAAACAGCAUCCUCUACAAGAACUGGGACUCUGAUUCGAAAUCCCCCAAAACAGAUCGUUCAAAGAACUGUGCAAUCCUCUCAGAAGCUACAGGUGGGAAAUGGUGGAAUGACAACUGUCAUGAGGCAAAGGCCUCUGUCUGUGAAUUCAACAUCAUCUAGUGUGCUUUUUUUGUGUUUUAAGUUUGCAUUUCCCCUGCUUUAAUUGUAUUUUUGUCUGCCAUAUAUUUUCCAAAAUGUAAACAUUGUUCACUGUUUUCUCAUUACUGACACUUAGACGAUACCUAGAAAAAAAGGACUGGUAAAUCUUUGGUACAUGUUGUCGAGUUAUGUUUCUAAAACUUAAUGGGUGGUUUCAUGCAGGAGCAGGAUUCAUCUUUGGGAAACUGAAAAUGACAUGUGAAUUUAAAGUCUUUUCUACAUGUAUAAGAUUUUUACUGUCCAGAUUUCUGGUAGACUUAAUCUGCUGCUUUUCCAUCUAAUUUACAAAAACAAGCUUGUCUUUCAAAGCUAGACUUUGAAUACUUCAUUAAAAACAUCCAGCCUGAUACAUUGAAAAAGUAUGAAACUCAAGUUCUGAAAUAAUGGGUGUGUCUAAGAAAAUGUAUUAAAACAUUAUGCAUUACUCAACAAAAGAAACACUCUUAGGGGCCCUUGAAUGGCAUCUGGUAGGCUUUGGAAUACAUCCCUACUUUCACUGUCUCAAGUCUGCUAAGAGUUGUGUUGGAGCAGCGAAUUAAUCACAAAAUGGAUAUCAAACAUCUUAAGAGGGAAACAUGAUUCUAAUACUUGAAGAAAAACUAAGAAGAACUUUUGUGGGGGAGACAGAAUUGUAGACACAAAGUGUGAUGCUGCAGGAGGAUUAUAAUCUGUUGACCCUCAGGAUCUGGCUAAAUCUUUCCCAUAAAAGUCCCUCUGAACAGUGGUAACCACACCAAUGAAAGCCUUACAAACAAUAUUCCAGUCUUUCGUGGUGUACGUUCCUGUGGUUAUAAACUGCAAGCCAGCACAAAAGGUCACAGAUUUUAGCCAAAGGAAUGUCACUUUUCCCAUCACAAAAAGGAGGAAACCUUUGGUAUUUGUUAGCAGGUCAUUUUAGGUGCCUCU